AGACGUAAACCUACAGAGAAAAAGGAUAGCACUGCUAUUAUUGGUGAUUUGUUUUCAAUAUUGAAUUUUGAUGGAAGAGUUGCCUAUGACUACAUCAUCAAUGCUUCUGAAAAUUUUGAUGAGAAAUAUUGUAUUGGGAGUGGAACAUAUGGUAAAGUUUAUAAAAUAGAACUCCCGACUGAACAAAUGGUGGCUGUUAAAAAACUUCAUCCAACAGAAGGAGUAUUUGACGAGAAAAAUUUCCAAAGCGAGAUUCAGACAUUAACUGGAAUUCGACAUCGUAACAUUGUAAAACUUCAUUGGUUUUGCUCCAGUUCAAGUUGUAAAUUUCUUAUAUAUGAGUAUAUCAAGAAGGGAAGUUUAACUAGCAACCUUCGCAGUCAAGAAACAGCAGAGGAAUUGAAUUGGGAGAGAAGAAUUCAUAUUAUCAAAGAUGUGGCCCAUGCUUUAUCAUACAUACACCAUGAUUGCAAUCCAUCCAUAGUUCAUCGGGAUAUUUCCGGUAAUAAUAUAUUAUUAGACUCUGAUUUCAAGGCGUAUCUUUCAGACUUUGGUACUGCAAGAAUUCUAAGAUCUGAUUUAUCAAAUUGGAGCACACUAGCAGGCACAUUUGGAUAUGCUGCUCCCGAACUUUCGUACAUGAUAAAGGCAAAUGAGAAAUGUGAUGUAUAUAGCUUUGGCAUAGUAAUAUUAGAAGUAAUAAUGGGAAAGCAUCCAGGUGAUCUUAUUUCCCCCCUAUCAUCAGCAGCAGACAUUCAACAAAUGUUAUUCAUCGAUAUAUUAGAUCAACGUAUCUCACCUCCUGCAGCUUAUAUAGUAAAAGAAGUGCUAUUGCUAGCUAUUAUAGCAUUUUCAUGCAUCCGUAUUACACCACAGGCACGACCAACCAUGCAAAGGAUAUCUCACUUAUUCACAAGUGGCAACAUUCCAACCAUUCAUGAGUCAUUCAAUUCAAUUAAAUUAUAUCAAUUAGUGGAGUUUUAA